UUUUAGACUUUUCCAAUAUCAAGAUAAUUUGUUUGAAAAAUUGUCGACUGUAUGCGAUUUGUAAGGGUAUGCUAAUGAGCUGGUCCCAGUUUAUCAUCAUACUUUCUGCCUAUGCCUGAAUCAAGCCACUCCGGGAUUCCUGUGGUCCUUUCAGGUGGUCACGUGGUUUCAGCAUUCUUCAGGGUUUACCCGCCACGCCAGGUGAUAUCGAGACGGAUUUUGUUGAGGGCAUAUUGAAAGAACGCGGUACCUCCAAGCAGGAGGCAAAUUUAAACGACAAUGAUGAUCAGUCGAGAGCUUACCUGGCUUUUCAGUAUUCGUCGACGAAAGCUGCUUGCACUGUUUGCAUUGCUGAUAUCGUUUCUUGUGUAUGUCUUGUUGCUAUUGAGAGAAAGUUCCUCGGAACGUAUGGCUUAUAACGACCAAUCCCUUGGCUUCCAUGCUAACGACAAAAAACAGAACAACCUAGAAAAGUUGUCAAAGUACCCAGACAGUCAACGGAGAGAGACGAACACCUCGAAUGUACACAAAAAUGAAAAAAACAACACAAUUCAUCAAAGAGUUCCAGGAAAACUUUGGCAAGACUCGUCACCACCCGCGCCCCGUUGUAAAUUACCAAAACUCGACCCAAACCACGAAUCCGUGAAGGCGCUUGUCAAGGACUUAGGGAAGUUGGAAUGUGGUCGAAGUUAUUCAAGCUUUGAGAAUAGCACAUUGGUUGUUGAUGGGGAUGAUGUUAUAAGCGUGGAGUAUCGUAUCAUUUCGAGGCCUCCACAAAACGACUUCAACGUAAUCGUCUCGAACCCAGUGCAAGUAUCAAACAAAAGGAAGCAAGAAAACGUUUUUUUCCUGUCAAACCCGGUAUUAAGGCCUGUAUCAUGCACCGUGCAAGCAAGAAGUGCAUCCACCCAUAUGGCGGAACAAGCAAACCUCCACCAGGAGAAAAAGUCCUGCUACACGGAGACUGCUGCUUCGAGCGAACCCUCUUCACUAUGGAGCCUACGGGACUCAUCAGGCAUGUAGCCAGCGGUUAUUGUCUCCAUAGUGAUCCUGGUGUCUUGACGCUUGGUAUAAACUGCACCACACGUUUCAUUCAAGUCGACGACAAACUGAUACUUGCGGACGAGAAGAACUUUUGUCUGAGCCCAAAGUAUCAAGCGAGCAAACUCCAAGACGACGAGCCUCUUGCGAUGACAUCAAACUGCACCGAAGCAUUUGACCUAAUGAUAAUUCGACCUGGUUUCACUUCCAAAGUUGCCAUCAACACCGAUUUUAUUCGCGUUGACUUAAAGCGAAAACAAGACGUUGUUACCGAAGUUCACAUGAAUACAGUAUUGAAACCGGAAGUCCUGAAGAGACCAGUGACUGCAGGCAUACCGGUCAGCGUUUGUAUGAUCAUGUUCGAUUCUACUUCCGCCGCCAAUUUUCAAAGAAAAAUGCCCAAGAGCGUUGCACACUUAAAGACGUUACCCACUGUGUUCUUGAGAGGAAACACCAUAGUAGGCGAUGGAACAACAGCCCAGGUGGCCGCAAUGCUCACUGGGAUUGCCGAGGAAGAUCAACCUGAGGCCAGACGCAAAAUGGCGAACGCAAAACCUGUAGAUGACUGGCGGUUCAUCUUCAGGGAUUACAAGAAACAUGGCUACGUCACGUUAUUCACAGAGGACUCACCAGUUCUUGGGACGUUUAAUUUCAGACUAAAAGGGUUCACAAAUCCUCCCACCGAUCAUUACGGAAGGUAUUUCUGGAUCGAAGGAGACAGGCACAUCCAGAAGGGAUUCUGCGUCGGCAACGAGCGUUAUCAUCUUGUCAGUUUUCGCUAUUAUCUCAGCCUUUUCAGAACCUACAAAAAGAACCCUAAAUUUUUGUACAUGAUUCAAUCACAGAUUUCCCACGGGAAUAUUAACGGUAUUCAAUAUGCAGACGAAGAUUUAGUUGAUUUUCUUAAAACUAUGGAGAAUGAGAAUCAUCUGAAUAACACAAUUGUUUUCAUAUUUGGUGAUCAUGGGGCGCGGUUUGGCGAGUUGAGGAAGACCCUGCAAGGGAAGCUCGAAGAAAGAUUACCACACAUGUCCGUAACGUUCCCAAAAUGGUUCCCUGAAAAAUUCCCCGAACUCUACAAAAAUCUUGAGCAGAACGCUCACGUCUUAACAUCCCCGUUUGAUAUUUAUGCUUCAUUGCAGCAUUUAUUAUCGUAUCCGUCGUCGCCAAAAGGGAUAGUGACGGGCCAGAGUCUGUUUACACUCAUUGACCCGAAGAAUAGAACGUGCGCGAGCACUGGUGUGGAGGAACACUGGUGUCCGUGUUUGAACUUCGAGAAAGUCCCAGUUAAUGAUUCAAUAGUAAAGCAAAUAGCGGACUUCGCAGUGAAGCACAUCAAUACAUUGUUGGAGCUUAACGCCGACGUGAAAAGACUAUGUCAUAAACUGCAAUUGAAAGAGAUAAAGAACGCCCAACAAGAGCUACCAAAUGAGAAACUUCAGCUUUUUGCAGAUUCGUUAGUGGAUAACAGAUGUGAUUCCUGUGGGGUGAGAAACGGGGACAGAGCCGUGAAUACGUUGAAUAAAGAUACUCUGCACCAGAUCCAAUUCGUUACUUCACCUAAUGAAGGGUUCUACGAAGCAACAAUAAAGCUGAACAAUGGGAAACCUUCUCUUAAAGGCGAGAUCAGUAGAGUUGACACGUAUGGAAAGCAGUCAAUUUGCGUCAGUGAAACUUAUGUGCACUUACUGAAAUUCUGCUAUUGUAUAUGAGUCAAGCGUUUCCGUAAAGGAUCUAAUAAACGCCCGGGGCGAAGGGGG